UACAUCGGAUAUCCUGAUUUGCGUUUCAUGAUGACGCACUGACAAAUUCUUAUCUUGCAUCUUGUAUCAAUCUGAUUAGCAAACCUAGGAUUAGUAACCGACAUUUAUCGCAAUUUUCUCCGUUAUCUAUUAACCCAAAAUUUUGCUUUAUCUUCGAUACCAUGCCACUAAAAAGGCCCAGCUAUCCAUUUACAUCGAUUCAGUUUGAGUGAACCUUGAGUCUUCUGAACACCCCCUCCCGAGCGCCAUGGGAACGAUAAACGUGUUAGCAUUUCUGAUAAUAGCCUUCUGCUGUUCGGCAUGUCUUAGUAUCGAAACAAAUUAUUUGUUCAACUCUAAUCAAUUUCCAGACAGCACAAGCGUUCCAACGUUGUCAAACGGCAACCUAGGAUUCACUGUGUUUGGCGAUAGUGUCUUCUUGACUGGAGUUUACAAUGGACGUGGAUCACAAAGCCAUCGGGCCCGUAUUCCAAACUACGCCAAUGUACAACUGUCCUUGUGUAGCCAGCCAGAAACCAAUCCACCAUACUGUACCUACCAACUAGACAUCAAAUUCGGCCGUUUCCGAACGAUAUACGAGGAACCCAGUGGACAAUUCCGUCUUAUCCAUAGUGUUUAUCCACAUCGGUUUUUCAGUCAUGUGAUUGUCAACCACAUACGAGUUCAAAGACUCAUAGGACAAAAUGAACUCAGCGUCGCGCUCCGACAUAUUGCGGUAGCACCUUCCUUCGAUAUUUCGCUACAGCCAACCGAAACCGUUGAAAUACGUAAUACAACUUUCAUGUAUGAAUGUGGCCAAACCAAUGAGGUCGAAGAUCCAGUGCUUCAAUCAGCAGGAACGGAGGUGUGCAUAUACUACACUCAAAUACCGUCUGUUCUACAUCUACCAACGGAUCGCACAGGCGAAGAAUUUGCCUUCUAUACAGCGUUUGCCCGGAAUAAAAGAGAUGCCGAAAAUGAUCUGGAGUUGUUAACGUUAAGUACUGUAUCCAAUACGGAUCAAAUCCAGGCAAGAGUAAUGAACGAUAUGUGGGAUCAGUAUGGGAUAACGGUUGAUGGGAACGAUGAGCUGGAUCGAGCCAUCAAAGCCAGUGCAUUUCAAGUGUUCAAUAAUGUUCCAAGCAUGUUACCUUUUGUAAGAACUUUCGGAGUAUCACCUUCCGGAAUUGGCCGAAACGAUUUCCAAGGUCACGUUACCUGGGAUUACGACAUGUGGAUAUUUCCUAUAGUGUUGUUGAUAGAUCCGAUAGUUGCACGAGAUAUGCUGAACUACAGGUCAAGAAUUAUUCGUAAUGCUCUCAAGAGCAAUGCCGCUAAGAACAAUCACGAGGGAUGGCAAUUUCCUUGGGCUUCCGCCUUCACAGGCAGAGAGGUGACAUCAUCCCCAGGAGCAGUACUACAGCACCACAUUACAGCGGAUGUCGUAUUUGCUAUGAGACAGUUCAUCUAUGCAAACAAUCAAUUAACGUGGAUUUUGAUAGAUGGAUGUGAAUUAAUUUAUGAGACCGCUCAAUUUUGGAAGCAUCGAGCUGUUUAUAAUAAUGCCACGGACAAGUUCGACAUUCGCUCUGUAACAGGACCAGACACCUUGAAUCCAAAUGUUAACAACAAUGCAUUCACAAACGUGGUAGCGGCUCACAACCUAUUUCUUGGCGAAUAUGCUGGAUGCCUUUGUCAGUGGUCUCUAAAUGUAAAAGACGAAGAUUUAGUAAAUAUGAUUCGUACGGCAAGAGGCUUAGAUCUGCUGCACGAUUUCAACGGCGACUUUAUUCCUCAGUUUGAAGGUUAUACAGUGGGACAACGAAUCAGUCAAGCUGAUGCGAUACUGCUCAGUUAUCCUCUUGAUAUUUCCAUAAGCAAUUCGACAAAACGGCGUAACUUGGAAAUCUACGGCGCUGCCACAGCAGAUGACACUUCACCAAUGACCUGGGCGAUGCACACCAUUGGAUGGAUCGAACUAGACGAGAUGGACCUAGCUGCAGAGUAUCUGCGCCGCAGUUACCAGCCCUACAUACGCUCGCCGUUCCACGUUUGGAACCAAGGAUCUACGGAAAACCCCGGCUCACAGAACUUUGUCUUCGGAGCUGCCAGCUUCCUGCACACUAUGAUAAAUGGAUACGCCGGAAUUCGACUACGCAGCGAUGAAAUGGUGCUGGACAGACCCCGACUACCGCCUGGAACCACACGCCUCUACAUACCGACAAUCAACUACAAUAGAUUCCGAUUCUCACUAGAGAUUCGUCAAAAUGGAGGAUUCUCCAUUAUGCAACAAGCCACUCCUACACUACCAAAUCUACUAAUAAUCGUGGACGGCGUAGAGCACAAUCCAUGUGGCUUGAAUACAGCCUGUUUUUUUAAUGGAUCCCAGUCGGCAACUUUGAAAGUGCUGCCCUCCACUACAGAACGGUGCCAGUUAAAGCCAACGCGGUUGAAUAUGACGCUCGCUGAACAGAACAGUGGAAUAACAACUAGACAGAGCCCUGUGGUUAUCGCCUCUAUCGUGAUUCUGACGGCGUUGAGCACAUUUUUACGCUAGUAUAACUAGUAACCAAUCGUUUUUACUACAAUAUGGUCAUAUGGCAGAUAUUUCCGUCCUCGGUCUAAUUCCCUUCAUGUGGUAUUCAGAAAAACCGUUAAAUUGCGGUGAACAAAAUUAUUGCGAAAUACAAUCACGAUCAGAUGUAAUAAUUCUGUUUGUUUGUUAUACAUACAUUAUCGAAUAUUUGAAAUUUAAAAGUAAAUACAUUUAUAAUGCAAGAAAAACAGUGAAAUGACUUGUACUCAGUAUUGAUAAAAUAUUACUCAAAUCGAACCGGAAAUACCGUUGUAAAAAGUAUAAUAUUAAUCCACCUAGCGGUGUUGAUCUUUUAUUUAUUUAUUAGUACACCAUCUUCGACCAUGUCGCACGGAUUGCUUCCUUAAUAGCUAAAUUAUUCUAAUUCUCUAAUCCUAGCACUAAACACAUUU